UUGGCUGUCUUGUUCAUACUGUACAAUAUCCUUACUACUGUAUAUCUCUUCUCAGGGUUAUGCUGGUGAAGCAGUUCAUUCCACUUUGCAAAAACUCAUACUUCAAGUGCCUGAUGCAAAAAAGCUUGCCAAAUAUUGGGUAUGCCAGAUGCGCCUUGAACAGUUUCGUUCCACUGAAAAGGUGCUUGGUAUUUAUGAAAGUGCCAUUCUAGCAGGAGCACAGCCAAAGGAUGAAUUACGUCAUGCGUUAGCUGAUGCUAUGAAGGCUACAACAAAUCUAAGAAAAUCUGAUGAAGAAUGUGUGAGGAAAGAAAUCACUCAAAAUGAUGAGGCAA